AUGGAGUUACGAGUUGGUGGAAAAUACAGAGUUGGCCGAAAAAUCGGCAGCGGCUCUUUCGGAGAAAUUUACCUCGGAACAAACAUUCAAACUAACGAAGAAGUUGCAAUUAAGCUGGAAAAUGUCCGAUCUAAGCAUCCUCAGCUGUUAUAUGAAUCAAGACUAUAUCGAAUUCUUCAGGGUGGAGUAGGCAUUCCAAACAUUCACUGGUAUGGGGUAGAAGGCGACUACAACGUGCUCGUCAUGGAUCUUUUAGGCCCAUCUCUUGAAGAUUUGCUUCAGUUUUGUGGCCGAACGUUUAGUUUAAAGACUGUUUUAAUGCUAUCAGACCAAUUGAUCACAAGAAUUGAAUGUGCUCAUUUAUAAUGAAUAGGCGCUAUUACCAUUAAAAUAAGCAGAAUACAGUAAAUAGUAUAUAUGCAUUCUAAGAAUUUUCUUCAUCGUGACGUGAAACCUGACAACUUCCUUAUUGGCUUAGGAAGAAAAGCAAGCCAAGUCUACGCAAUUGACUUUGGGCUGGCAAAAAAGUACAGAGAUCCCAAGACAAAUCAACACAUCCCAUAUAGAGAAGGGAAAAAUCUGACAGGAACUGCCCGUUAUGCUUCUUUAAACACACAUCUUGGUAUUGAGCAAUCUCGUAGGGACGAUUUGGAAGGCUUAGGCUACGUGCUUCUCUACUUCUUAAGAGGGUCGCUGCCUUGGCAAGGACUUCCAGGGAAUAAUAAGAAGGAAAAAUACCAAAAUAUUAUGGAAAAGAAAAUGAGCACCUCAGUGGAAACGUUGUGUGCCAAUUUCCCUGCUGAAUUUUGCACGUAUUUAAAUUUCUGCAAAGCGUUGAGAUUUGAAGAUAGGCCUGAUUAUAGCUAUUUGAAAAGGCUGUUUAAAGAUUUGGCGUUUAGAGAGAAUUAUCAGUAUGAUUUUAUGUUUGAUUGGUGCGCUUUAAGACAACAGCCAGAAAUUGAAGCUCCACAGGUACAGCCAGCUCAGAAUCAGCCGGCUCAAAGGAAUAUACAGCAGGAAAGUCCGGCGCAGGAAGAAACAAAGCAGCCAAGGAAUGUAAUAAGGCCAGCUCCAAAAGUUACACAGCCUGCACCAAAAAUAGUAACAAUACCUACAAGAGGGAUGAGAUAA